AUGGUGCACGAGACCGUGGUCCAGUGGUCCGGCUUUGUCCGCAAGGUCCACAUCACAACGAUUGUGGCUCUUCUCUGCGAAGACAACACGUACGCAGAAGCCCAGGCCAACAACGACAACAUUUGCAGCAGCCUCGCGCUUCCUCGCCGACUUCCACGCACUCUCGCCGCGGAGCUCGACGCACUCAACUAG